ACUUCUGUCUCUGGGCGCGGCAGAUGGCGUAAUUUACAUCACAUCUGCCCAUAUAAGCCACCCUCAAUGCCACCUUAGCAAAUGUAAAAUGUAAAUGACUUUUUCUACUUAUUCGGUGCCCCGAUCUAAUUCACGCAAUAAAACUCCCAUUUUAGAUAUUUGAUGAUUGUAUAAAAUCGACCGAUGGGAUGACUAGGCAACCAUUGUCUUUUUAGUUUUUAGUGACACAAGGUCUAGGUAAAAUGAAGGCGAUAGUGUUUGCUUGUUUAGCCGUCGGUCUUCUGGCGGUGGUACGAUCAGAGGACGAUGGUAGAUAUCGACCGGAGCUUUAUGGUGAUGCUAGUGGUAAAUACAAUGCUAUAAAUGAUGGAAGGUUCUACAACUACAACAAUUACUAUGGAAGGAAUAGAUAUUACCCGAACUACGCUUACCAACCUCAGUAUUAUAAUUCCCUAAGGCCCUACCAAGAACUUCUUGCCCCUCUGGUCACACAAAAGGCUAGCAGUGUGGUCCCAGUCGUUGUUACUUCAACCGCAGCGCCUGCUGUAGUUUCUACAGCAAACUACGUUUACACCAAACACUAUGGCAACGAAGGUUAUGCUAGAAUUAUUGAACAAGACAACGACAUCAAUGAAAAUAGUUAUCAAUACAAAUAUAGAACUGAAAAUGGAAUCAGCGCUGCGGAAACCGGUGUUGUUGAUUCAGCGAACCCUCAGGGAGGGACAAGGGUCACGGGAUUCUAUGAAUACGUUGGUGAUGAUGGUGUAACAUACAGAGUAGACUACGUAGCAGAUGAAAACGGAUUCCGUGCCAGUGGCGCCCACUUACCAAAAGCUUAGUUAGUACUAAUAAAACGACCCAAAAAUAAAAUCGAUUUCGCAAAAUGUAA